AUGGACGCCCAUAUGUCUGUUGCUAGCAUGAGUACCUCGUCGUCGGCAGGUUUCCAGUCAGACUGGAUCACCAGCUUUUCGCCAACUUCGAUCUCGGGUCCGGUCCUCUUGGGCCUCUUCCUUGGUUAUGUUUCUCUUUGCUCUCUUUUGCGGUUCUCCCGCAUCAACUCUCUUGUUUCCAAGCUUGGGUUCCACGAUCGUGCUUCCUUGGGUCGAAUGACAAACCAGAAUGCCUUUGAAAUUGUCAAGACUAUGGCAAAUCUCGAAUUUCCGCUUAUGUAUGACCUUGCCACUCGGUUGGCAUUGUUUGAGACAUAUGCUGUGCAAAACGUUGGCCAUGUUCUCUAUGGUGGCAGCGAUCUAGCCAUCACUGCGAAAGCCCCCAAGAGAUAUGCAGACACUGAAGUCGUCUAUCUCUGCUUUGCAAAUUUUGCGCCUGAAUCACCAACUCUUAGUAAGGCGAUUGCGCGUACAAACUUCCUUCACGCACCAUAUAUCAAGGCUGGCAAGAUUAAGCAAGAGGAUCUCCUCUACGUGCUUUACGCCUCCUUCGCCGAGCCCGUUAGAUUCCUCAACCAGUAUGAGUGGCGAGCUCUUACUGACAUGGAGACUGCUGCUAUUUCAACUUUGUGGAAGUACGUCGCUGAUAUGAUGGAGAUCGACUACAAGACUAUCCUCCAAAAGACUGAGUGGACUGAUGGCCUUGAAUUCCUUGAGGAUAUGACUCGCUUCGGAUCAGACUAUGAGGAUAAAUACCUGCGCCCUACGAAGGAGAUUCAGAAGCUUGGUGACGUCCUGAUGGAGAUGCUGUUGGACUCUUAUCCCAAGUUUGCUGCCCCGAUUGGAUACUCAGCAGCUUGUGUCCUUAUGGGACCCAGGUUGAGACGAGCAUUUGGUUUCCCGGAACCCAGUCUGGGUAUCACUGUCCUGACUUACAGUCUUUUGCUUGUCCGAAAACUUGCUGUGCGAUUCCUCUGUCUUCCUCGUACUUCUGGUGUAGAGUUCCUUUCUCAGCCGGAUGAACAGACAGGCCGCAUCACUACUCGCCAUUAUAUGAAGGAACCUUAUUACGUGCCCGCUACCUUCUGGCAGCGCUGGAACUUUGAGGCAUGCAUCACUUGGCUUUCUGGUGGACUGAUCCCUGGUGAUGGCGGCGCAAAGAUGAAGCCUGAGGGUUUUCUCUUUGAGGAUAUCGGCCCUGACAAGGUUGUCGGUAAGGGUAUUGAGGAGACCAAUGCUUUCGAAGAGAAGGCAAAACAAAAGGCGUUUGCGGGCUGUCCAUACAAGCCCGCACGAGCUUAG